GGACUAAUUGGGCUUUCACUACCAUUACAUUCUUCGCUUUUUUCUUUUUUUUUUUUCCGGCUAAUGCACGGUCGCGAUGCCGUUACCACCGUGGCGGCGGAGGAAACCGCCGCCUACAGCCGGCGCCGAAGAAGCCUCCGAACGCCGCCUUCGCAUUCUAAAACCCUAACGUGUCCCUUUGUACGGUUCCGACGUUCCUGCAUGGUCGUCACAGAACGCGCUUGGCUUCCUUCCCCGGCAUUUGCUCCAAUCCAAGACCUCUGGAGCUGAGGAAGCCAUCGGUUUUUCUUACUUAAUAUCUACACUACUUCCCGUUACAUGGUUUUGGAAAAUCGAUAAUGCAUUACAAGUUAAUUUGCCUAACUUCUUCUCCAUCAUGCUUUCUUUCAGGCAGGAACUGAUAUAACAGACUUAAUAGCUCUUGAGAUGUCGAAGCAGAUUCUAAGUUCGAGGAAUGCAAUGAGUGUCUUUGAAGCCAAAGGACCCCACAGAUGCUUCGUUAAUCAAAUAAAAAAUUACCCUAUAUCACAUCCAAAGAAAGUGCAGUUUUGCCAGAGACAAUUACUUAAAUGCAUCUUUCUUAAACGGGUAUAAGUAAUCAUGGCUCCCUGAGUCCCUGGGUUAUUACUUAACUCUGUUUAUGCUUUUUCUUUUUACAUAAACAAUCAUGAUUUCUUUCUCGUAACAGAGAUAUUUGGUACUAAUUUAUUUCCUUUGCAGAAGACUUAUUCUUUAUGUGCAGUAGGUAGCUGUUUGAUAAGGUGGUUUUGGGGAUUUAGUAUUUGUAUUUUUGACAAGCUGGUUGUGGGAGACAAAGUUUCACAGACCUUCUGGUGUCAGAUAUCUUGCUUCGAUGCUUGUCAUAUAAUUGAACAAUAGGCCUUUAUUUGGCGCUGCUUAAUAAAAAGAUUUAAGUAUAAGGUGUGAUCUAUUUUGGACACUGGUUAUUGAGUUCUUCUUUUGUAGCUUUGAGCCUUUGAGCGAAUACUCAAUGGCUUGCAUGAAGUUGGGUUCCAGAGCUGAUGUAUUCCAACGUCAAGGCCAGGCCUGGUUCUGCAGAACGGGGCUACCAAGUGAUAUAGUUGUUGAAGUUGGUGACAUAUCCUUCCAUCUUCACAAGUUCCCUUUACUCUCUAGAAGUGGUGUUUUGGCAAGACUGAUAGCUGAAGCUCCGAAAGAAAGGGAAGAUUGUGUCAUAGAACUUCCUGACAUUCCAGGUGGAUCCAAAACAUUUGAACUGGUAGCAAAAUUCUGCUACAAUGUGAAAUUCGAGCUUACUGCCUCAAACAUUGUACACCUCCGGUGUGCUGCUGAGCAUCUUCAAAUGACUGAGGAAUAUGGUGAUGCCAAUCUUAUUUCACAAACGGAAACCUUUCUUAACCAAGUAGUCCUCAGAAGUUGGAAAGAUACACUUAAGGCACUUCAAACCUGUGAUGGGGACGUUUUACCAUAUGCUGAAGAGCUUCACAUUGUGAAAAGUUGCAUUGAGUCACUCUCAGGAAAAGCGUCAUCUUCUGGUCCAAACCUCUUUGGGUGGCCAAUAGUGGAGCAGGGUUUGUGGUCAAUGCAGAGCCCUGGCGGUAGUGUUUUGUGGAAUGGAAUAAGUAUUGGUGCAAAACCAAACAUCUCAAGUUCAGAUUGGUGGUAUGGAGAUUUAACAACUCUGAGUUUACCUCUUUAUAUGAGGCUUAUAGCAGUAAUGGAAUCUCACGGCAUUAGCCACAAGAUCAUUGCUGGUUCUCUUGUUGUCUAUGCAGAAAAGUUUCUGCCAGGUUUCAAUCGUCACAAGGUAUCUGAUGAGUCUAGUAACCAUUUGACACCAUUAUCUGAAGAAGAGCAGAAGAUUUUGCUGGAAGAUAUUGAUAAGUUACUUCCAUUGCAAAGAGGUCUUGUUCCAACCAAAUUCUUGCUUGGUCUACUUCGCCUUGCCAUGAUACUCCAGCUUAGCCCCUCUUGCAAAUCAAGUUUGGAGAAGAGGAUCGGGAUGCAGCUUGAUGAGGCUACUGCAGAAGAUCUCUUGAUGCCCAAUUUCACAUGUUCAGAUGAGACACUUUACAAUGUUGACUGUGUGCAAAGAGUACUUGAACACUUCCUUGCCAUGGAUCAGGUGGCAGGUGGUGCUUCUCCGUGUUCGACUGACAGCAGCCAUUUGAUUGGCUCACCAUCACAAACACCAAUCACCAUGGUAGCCAAGCUGAUUGAUGGUUACCUCGUAGAGAUUGCCCCGGACGUCAACCUGAAACUUCCCAAGUUCCAAGCCCUUGCUGCAGCAGUUCCAGAGUUUGCCAGGCCUUUGGAUGAUGGUCUAUACCGCGCUAUAGACAUGUAUUUGAAGAAUCACCCAUGGUUGACAGAAUCUGAGAGAGAGCAAUUAUGCAGGGUGAUGGAUUGUCAGAAGCUGUCGUUAGAAGCAUGCACACAUGCUGCACAGAAUGAGAGGCUACCCUUGAGAGUUAUAGUUCAAGUCCUGUUCUUUGAGCAACUCCAACUUAGGACUUCAAUUGUUGGUUGCUUCAUGGUUUCAGAUAAUCUUGAAGGGUCCAGAUACUUACUAAGAAGUGGGGCAACAGCUGCAAGGGAAAAUCAGAUUCUAAAAGUGGGAAUGGACAGCAUGAGGAUGAGGGUGUGUGAGCUUGAGAAGGAAUGUUCAAACAUGAGGAAGGAGAUUGAGAAAUUGAGUGGCGUAAAGAAUUCUACUUCUAGCACUAGCUCUUGGGGAAAUAUGCCAAUGUUGCUUGGGUUUAAGAUGUGUAGUGCCAAUGAAGGAUCGGUUAGAAAACAAAAAAUUGGAGAGAGUAAAGUUAAGACAUUGAAGAACAGAUACGGUAAACAUAAGAAUUCUUCUCAUGGUGAUAAGGCAUCCAUCUCUUCAGCUCUUUCAUAGUGUAACCUUUCCAUUUGCUAAAAAGUGGAAUCUCCAUUUGUAUAUAUGGUAUCCUGUGUAAUGUGAUUUCCACUGCCUGUGCAGAUAUAAUGUUUAUACGCAUCUUGCUAGCAAGUAUGAACCGAACACAUUCCGCCCCCUAAAAAGAAAAUUUUCCUUUUGAAUCUUUGCCCAAGUUUUGACAUAA